AUCACUGGACAUUAUUUCUUCCACUAAACAUUAUUUAAUACUAUUUAGGAGAAAAAAAUUUAAUUUGUAAAUUGAAAAAUGAUUUAUGUUUUAGUCUUAUUUAAAGCAAAUUUUAUAAUUUUUUUAAAAGGCUAUUUGGUCAAUUUUGAUUUUUGAUAUUUGCUUGGGGCACGAAAAUAUAGUGGAAAAGACAGUUAAUGACCACAUUUAAUCCGUGAUCAACAACCUUAUUACAAAUGUCCCAUGUUUAGACCAGAUUCGAGACCAAAUGGUCCGUAUUAGAUUAAUGGAGGGUGCCCAUCAAAAAGUGGACAAAACAGAUCUCUCAGAAUGCUGGAAGACGACGUGGCGAACGCCUUAUAUCAUGCGCCUCGCCUUGUCGGCGGGCAUCGGAGGGCUUCUUUUCGGUUAUGACACCGGUGUUAUCUCUGGAGCCCUACUUUACAUCCGAGAUGACUUCAAAUCCGUUGAGAAGAACACUUGGUUGCAGGAGACAAUAGUGAGCAUGGCGGUGGCGGGGGCGAUAGUGGGAGCGGGAUUCGGGGGGUGGAUGAACGACAAGUACGGACGGAAAAGAUCAAUCCUCGUAGCGGACAUUGUCUUUUUCUUUGGGGCCAUUGUCAUGGCAGCAGCCCCGGGGCCCGGGAUACUGAUCGCGGGGCGGCUGUUGGUGGGGUUGGGAGUGGGGAUGGCGUCCAUGACCGCCCCUCUCUACAUCUCCGAGGCCUCUCCGGCGAGGAUCAGAGGCGCCCUCGUCAGCACAAACGGCCUCCUCAUCACCGGAGGACAGUUCCUCUCUUACCUCAUCAACUUAGCAUUCACCAAGACGAGUGGAACGUGGCGUUGGAUGCUUGGCAUAGCAGGCCUUCCCGCAGUGAUUCAAUUUGCCCUAAUGCUUUCCCUGCCUGAGUCUCCCAGAUGGCUCUAUAGAGAGAACAAGAUAUCGGAAGCAAGGGCAGUGCUGGACAAGAUAUACAGCACAGAAGACGUGGAAGAAGAGAUGAGGGCAUUACAGGCCUCCAUAGAGAACGAAAAGGCGGAGGAAAGAGCCAUCGGGACCGACCUGGUGUCCAAACUCAAGAGCGCCUGGGGAAACCCCGUCGUCCGGCGAGGCCUCUACGCCGGGAUCACCGUUCAGGUGGCGCAGCAGUUCGUCGGCAUCAACACCGUCAUGUACUACAGCCCCUCCAUCCUGCAGCUCGCCGGCUUCGCCUCCAACAAGACCGCCCUCGCCCUCUCCCUCGUCACCUCCGGCAUCAACGCCGCCGGCUCCGUCGUCAGCAUGUGCUGCGUCGAUCGGUACGGGCGCCGGAAGCUGAUGAUCGCGUCCAUGGUGGGGAUCAUCGUCUGCCUCCUCGUCCUCGCCGGCGUGUUCAACCAGGCCGCCACCCACUCCCCGCCGGUCAGCGUGAUGGAGUCCGCCCACUUCGGCGUCAACUCCACUUGCCCUAGGUUCCAGAAGGCCGUCGACGCCUCCUCCUGGGACUGCAUGUCCUGCAUUGCCGGCCCCGCUGAUUGCGGCUUUUGCGAUAACAAAGCCAGCAAAUUAAACCCUGGUGCGUGCUUAUCCGCCACCGACUUAAUCAAAGGCUCCUGCAAAAGCGAAGGGCGUUCAUGGUACACCAAGGGCUGCCCGAGCAAAUACGGGCCGGCGGCGGUGGUCCUCCUCGGGCUGUACAUAAUAUCCUACUCCCCGGGGAUGGGGACCGUUCCCUGGAUAGUGAACUCCGAGAUCUAUCCCCUCCGGUACCGCGGAGUAGGGGGAGGAAUCGCGGCGGUCUCCAACUGGGUCUCCAACCUCCUCGUCAGCGAGACCUUCCUGUCCCUGACGGAGGCCCUCGGCAGCUCCGGCACGUUCCUCCUGUUCGCCGCGUUCUCGCUGGCGGGACUGGUGGCGAUCUACUUUCUGGUGCCGGAGACGAGGGGGCUGCAGUUCGAGGAGGUGGAGGAGAUGCUGAAGCGCGGGUACUCUCCGUUCAAGAGGAAGACGGCCUCCCGGAAUAACGUCCAAAUGAUGAGGGUCGUAGGAAGACCUAUAAUUUCUGAUGAAGGUGAAGUCCUUUGGAAUGGUAAGGUAGGGAUUUUCCCCUUUGUGGAGUCUGUUGAGGCUAAGAGAAAAAGCAAGAACAGGGAAGCAGGUUCACUGGAAACCAAACCGAUAUCAAGCGUCACUAAACAAGUGUUCAAGGACAUGCUGAUACACACAGUCAUACCUGCUAUUCAAGAGAAGUGGCCAAACUUCUUAAGCAAGGAAAUUGUUAUCCAACAAGAUAAUGCAAGGCCACAUAUUCUUGGAAAUGACCUAGAGUUUGUCAUGGCAAGUACAACAAAUGGUUUCCAGAUUACCCUAGCUAAUCAGCCCCCUAAUUCUCCUGACCUGAACAUUCUAGAUUUAGGUUUUUUCAGGGCCAUACAGUCAUUGAAGGAACAAUCAGCUCCAAGCAAUGUAACUGAAUUAAUGAAUGCAGUCCAGGAAGCAUACAAUCAAUUCUCAGCCCACACACUAAACAAAGUGUGGCUGAGUUAUCAACAUGUUAUGCAAGAGGUGAUGAAGGUUGAAGGGGGCAAUAACUACAAAGUGCCACACAUGGGAAAGGAUGCUAUGCACAGAAAUGGGACACUUCCAUAUGUACUACAACUAGAAGAGGGUUUGUAUGAGAGGAGUAUGGCAGUACUUGGGGAACAAAAUGGGCCAGCUGUACCUGUGGUUGAAACACAUGAAGUCCUACUGGGUCANUUAAUGAAUGCAGUCCAGGAAGCAUACAAUCAGUUCUCAGCCCACACACUAAACAAAGUGUGGCUGAGUUAUCAACAUGUUAUGCAAGAGGUGAUGAAGGUUGAAGGGGGCAAUAACUACAAAGUGCCACACAUGGGAAAGGAUGCUAUGCACAGAAAUGGGACACUUCCAUAUGUACUACAACUAGAAGAGGGUUUGUAUGAGAGGAGUAUGGCAGUACUUGGGGAACAAAAUGGGCCAGCUGUACCUAUGGUUGAAACACAUGAAGUCCUACUGGGUCAGUUCAUUCUUGAAGAAGAUGAGGAGAUCAUUCUUCAAGAUUGAACUAACACCUAACAAAAGACUUUGUAUCAU